AUGGCGCGAGACAAAGGAAAAGGGAAAGCCAAAAUCCCCACAUAUUCAUCAUCGGACUCAACUGACGCAAGUGUUCCUGCGUCACCUCCUCCACAAAAAGAUGCUCCUCUGGUAAUUGGCAAACCAAAAGAAACACCCAAGAAAAGAACCAAAGGAGCUACCCAAGAAAAAGGAACCAAAAAGAAAAAGACUUCAAAAGCUCCAGUUGUACAUAUGGAGAGGGCUAUUCAUGAGCCAAGCAAAAAAGGUAGUGGGAAAGAUAUGAGUGACUCAGAGUCUGAGGCAGAACCCGAGACACCUGCUCCUGCUGCUCCUGCAAAAGGAAAGGGCAAAACAGCUCAACAAGAACAAAGAUGCAAACAGAAAGAGGAAACUGCAGCUGGGCCUAUUGUUCCUUUGACACCCGGAACUGAAUUGGCUGCUGCAAUACUUCAAACCUUGAGUGACAAACCUGUCAAGCCCAAAAAGCUGAAAAUGGGUGCUCCAAAACCAAUCAGGAGAAGUUCCAGGCUGAAAGGAUGA